GUCUCUUUUCUCGGCCGCAUCUUGAUCUUCCCCUUGCGACUCGUCUCCAUCCCCUUGUCGUAUCUCCUGAGCGCCCUGCGCAUCGUGUUUGCGCCGGCGAUAUAUCUGGUUGCGUAUAUAACCAGUUGGUUUCGUGCCAUCUUUGAUUUCAUCAUUGCUCUACAGCCACUAUACACAUUUCUCGCCACUGCAGCAGCCGUCGGCAUCUUCGCUGGCUUCACCCUGGCCACAUCCUCAAGCGUCAUCACUUCAUACCUCGGCAUGCAAGAUAACGGCAGCACCAGCCAAGGACCUCGCUCUCGUGCUUCCCAAGGCAAGAAAUCAUUGUCGUCCUUCUCAACGCCAUCCCUCAAAGAUGAUUCGUCCUCCAAUGAGGGCGAGUGGUACUGGCCUGAUCCCUCUCCCUCACGGCGCCGCCCUGCAACUGGGCUUCUGUCACAGACGAUUCUUGAAGAAGAGGACGACUCUGAU